UGAGGGAUCACAUCACCAGCGACCGUGCGACGCUCUCUCCAAUCGUUCCUCACUUUGACCUGGUAAGGCUGGACGACCACCAGCCAGGACAGCACGGAACAUAUCCACAAGAGCCGCAACAAUAUCAACUUCAUACUUGAAGUCCUGCCAUGUGGGAGACGAUGUCGACAGUGCCAGAUUUGUUGGAGUGGGAGGGGCGCAACAAAAGGCGCAACCCUCCUGCGACCAGACCCGCAAAUCUCGACUUCGCUGGAAAUCCCAACCACAUUACUGCCACAUCCCAAGGAAAGGAGAAGCUCUUAAAACACUUGCGAGCUGCUCAAUUUAUCGUUCUCCUGCGGGCUCGACCUCUUCAUAUAUUCUCAAUCCUUCGGUGGGGCAGAGUUUGCGCCAAUGUAGAGAUGCGUUGUCACUCGUUCAUAGGAAGGGAACUGGCCAUACAAUCCACCUACCUCUGUAUCAUGCCCAUCACUGACGUUGCUGAUAGAUUGCCUGCACUCACUCCGCUUCUCUCUUUACCCGAUCGGCCACAAGUGCGCAAUGCUGGAUGCAGAGGUGCAGUGGUCUGUUGUCACCUGUUGUCAAGAGGCGGUGUCGUCGGUCGAGUUGGGCUGGUCAAUACCUCGGAAGGUACACCUGCGACGCUUCGACAAGUGAAUAAAAGAUGGAUAGCAGAGUGCUGACGGCAGCAAACGCCCUCAACUUAUGCGGUGGAAAAAUGUGUGGACGAUAUAUAUCACGGUUGCAAAUGCGCUUCAAGUAGGACGAAGGCAUCAGGCAGUGAACCACCAUCCCACUUUGGCGC